AUGUCCUAUGUCAAAUACCGCAGACUAAGGCCGCGGGCCAAUAGCAGGAUGCAUAAGCUCCAGAUGUUCGUUGCCCACGAUGUGGAGCAGCUCAUCGCCAACCGCUCAAGGUCUCGUGGCGAGUUACCUAUUCCCGCCGACUCAGAUGAGACCAAGGGGGCGGGCGACCAUCGCGUCUUUCCCCUUCUCACCGCCUUCACACACGACUUGAGUGCCUCAGCCUCUCGUCGCGUAUGGGAAGCGGUCUCCAUUUACGACUGUAUAAGUUCUGGUCGCACGUGA